AUGCCACCGUCCUCUUCUAUCUCCCUGCACCUCGCAACCCAACCCCACGACCCGCUCAUCCUGUCCCGUCUCGAAAACCACGUUUUCCAGGACGACGCAUUCAGCGCCCUGGCAUAUGGUCCACGCCGUGGUUCUGAAGAGAGUAUUUUGGCGCGAGCUAGGGGUUUUGAAAAGGGGAUGGAUGGGGAGGAGGAUGUGGGCAAAAGGAGAUGGAGGUAUGUUAAGGCUGUUAGUAAGGAGGAAGUGGUGGGGUUUGCAGCCUGGGGGAAGGGUGGUGAGGAUGUGGAUGUUGAAGUGGAGGGGAAUGCCGAGGAGAAGAAUAGCUGGGGAAUCGGAGCUAAUGUGAGGUUUUGCGAGGAUACGCUGGUGUGGGCUGAUGAGGAGAUGCUGAAGAGUUGUGCAGGGAGGGAUUAUGCUAAACUCUACGUCCUCGUCAUCUCACCAGCCCACCAGCGCCGCGGUAUCGGUAGCUUGCUCCUCACAGAAGGACUAAAGGAAGUCGAUGCCUUGGGCCUGCAGUGCGUGCUAGGUGCUUCGCCGGAGGGGGAGGAGCUGUAUAAGAGGUUUGGAUUUGAGGAGGUUGCUGCCAAGGAUUUGAAGUUGGAAGAGUAUGAGGGGGGUGAGGGGAUGAGCGUUGCGAGGCAU